AGGAACAAUUUUUCCCAACAAGCGGUUAUAUUUUUGCUUAUUUUGUUGAUUUUCUGCUAUUUUUAUGAUGAGCGAUCACCAAGGGGAACAGAACGAGAAACCGGUACCUGGAUUUUGUUCAGCCUCUUGUGUUGACAAAGAGUGCCUUCAGAGGGAGAUCCAGAAACCGGAGCCUAAAACAUCAGACUACUUUGCGACCUGCAACUUGCCGAAAAGAUUUGAAUAUCCACAUUGGUUCAAUGGCUACGGCUGUCAAGUGAAUAAGCAGCACCCGUUGUACCGGACGUCCUCCAGUGAGUACGGAUGGUAUGCUCCAGGUAUCCACUCUGUUCCAAUGCAGUACCACCCGAAGAGCCAGGCCUUCACAAACAAUCUAGCGCAGUUCGGGAUGUACCGCAACUACUCGCUCAACACCCGCCUUGACUAUUGAAAUUGAACGAGCUCUAAUAACCGUGAAAUUGCUUUUUGAGGUUAACCAUGUAACCUCAGUCGUUGGGGUUCUGUUGCUGCAAGAUGAGUUAUAAUAAAGACUGCAAAGUCGUUUGGCCUUCUAAAGCCAACGCUCCUAACUUUCACGUUGCGCAGCGUAUCGUAGUCGUCUAUAAAGAAUUACUCUUCAGUAAGUGCGACAGACGGGACAAUUCUACUUUACACUCAUAUCAUUAGGAUAUCUGAAGGAUGUUAUUUGGAUUUCAUGAAUUUCGCGCCCGCUCGUCCGUAACUGAAUUAAGGUACGCACGAUAACUGAAUGACAUCUUCCGGAUAUUGUUCUGAUGUUGGUGUACCAUUAAAUUUGCCUGAGAUGAGUCAGAUGGCACUGUCACGUUGGCUAAGCGGACUUAUCUUUUUGAGGCAAAGUGCUUGCGAGUAAUGAGUCUGCUCUUUUAACGCUUUUAUUCCUUAGUAUACAAAAGAAUUUGAAAAACAUUGGCAAGGCAUACUUAUCAUUAUAGAAGCUAUAUCUGUAAAAAUAAAAGUUGUGGUUAGCAGUUUUAUUAUAACCUCAUGAUUUGUGGAGGAGGAGGCUUGUUUAUAACCAAAGAACUUAAAAUGUAAAUGUUCAUUGAUUUCAUUAUGUUCUUUAUGUAAACUGGUAUUAUGUUUAACAUAUUUUGCAAUUUAGCUGAAAGUUACAAUGCGCGUUUUCGUAUGUAAGUUAUCAAUUUUAAGAUAAUAAUUAUUUAUAAGUGCGUAUUUUUAAGUUAUCCGGUUUAGGAAAUAUAGUUUCAUUUUUGUUUUCAAGGAGUCGACAUUGUUCUCUGCGUUUUAACUUGGAUUGUUAGAUUUGUAUUGCUAUAUUAUUAAUUCGUUGUUAGCUAUUGAUAAUUUAUAAUAA